GAAGAUCACGAAGUUCAACUACGUAGAAGAUUAAGUAAUGCAAAUAAAAUGAGCCAACAACAACCACAUAGGAACCAAGAACAGGUCCAUUACGAAGAUGCCUUCGUCGUACAAGGCAAGCUUGCCGGGAAGGCGGUGGCACAUAAGGAUGCUGCGAUGAUGCAGAUGUCGGACAACGCCGCUGCAGCGAAGAACGAGGGGUCGGGUUUGGUGGGUCAUGAUGAAACCAGUGUUGAAUCUGGUGUUGCUCUUAAACAGGCUCCAUUUCCUGGGAAAAGUGUUUUUGAGUACAUUGGCGAUGAGGUUGCUGCAGGGCAAUGUGGUCAUGGAGAUUUAUGUUCAUCUGAUCACGACCCGACCUUUGAAUACGGUGGUGGAAUUACCAUCGGAGAAGCACUCGAAGCCACCGCAAUUACGGCGGGAACAAAGCCGGUGGAAUGGAGUGACGCUGCAGCAAUACAGGCGGCGGAAGUUAGAGCCACCGGCCGAACCUCCAUAAUGCCCGGCGGUAUUGCCGCGGCGGCUCAAUCAGCUGCCACACUCAAUGCUAGGGCUACCAGAGAUGAAGACAAGACCAAAUUGGGCACUAUUCUUGCGAAUGCGACAUCGAAGUUGCCAUCGGAUAAGCCGGCGACAAGAAAAGAUGCAGAAGGGGUAAUGGGUGCCGAGAUGAGAAACGAUCCCAACCUAACCACACAUCCGGCCGGUGUCGCCGCCUCCAUUGCCGCCGCUGCAAGGCUCAACCAGAGUCAUAAAUGAAAGUAUAACAACACCAAUGGCACCAUGCAUGUCACAUAUAAUUCUGAUAGUACUAUACAUGUAAUUACAAGAAUUGUACUCGACUUCGCAUCGAGUUGAGUCAAGUUUAGUUGAAAUUGUCCAUUAA